GGUACUGACCUUUUAGUUACUCAGCAGAAUUGGAACCCGCACUUUCAACUUCGAGAGAGAGAGAUGGGGUGGGCUAUCGCUCUGCACGGCGGCGCCGGCGACAUCCCACUCUCUCUUCCACCGGAACGGCGAGAGCCGCGAGAAGUAGCACUUCGCCACUGCCUGCAAAUCGGCGUUGCGGCUCUCCAAGCCAAAUUGUCUCCUUUAGAUGUCGUUGAACUUGUGGUUCGUGAACUAGAAAACAUCCCAAAUUACAAUGCCGGCAGAGGAUCUGUUUUAACUACCAAUGGCACUAUUGAAAUGGAAGCGUGCAUCAUGGAUGGUAAUACAAUGAAAUGUGGAGCUGUUUCUGGUCUUACCACUGUUGUCAACCCUAUCUCUCUUGCACGACUUGUGAUGGAGAAAACUCCUCAUAUAUAUCUUGCAUUUGAUGGAGCAGAAGAAUUUGCUAGGGAACAAGGUGUUGAAACUGUAGAUACAGGUCAUUUUAUCACUCAAGAAAAUAUUGAAAGGCUGAAGCAAGCAAGAGAAGCCAACAGAGUACAAAUUGACUAUACACAGCCCAUACAAAAAGGUGAGAAAAAAGAAACACCAACUGCUGAUGGCGAUAGCCAAAUUGGGACUGUUGGAUGUGUAGCUGUUGAUGCCGAUGGAAAUUUAGCUACCGCAACUUCUACCGGUGGCUUAGUCAACAAAAUGGUUGGUAGGAUUGGGGAUACACCGAUUAUAGGUGCAGGGACAUAUGCCAAUAGUCUCUGCGCAGUUUCUGCCACGGGCAAAGGCGAAGCAAUAAUGCGCGGUACUGUUGCAAGGGAUGUAGCAGCUCUCAUGGAGUACAAGGGGUUGUCUCUCAAGGAAGCAGCAGCUUAUGUUGUGGAGAAGGGCACUCCAAAAGGCACUUGUGGCUUGGUUGCUGUAUCUGCCACAGGAGAAGUGAGCAUGCAGUUCAACACAACAGGCAUGUUUAGAGCCUGUGCUACUGAAGAUGGGUAUUCAGAAAUUGCAAUAUGGCCGCUGUCUGUCCAGAAUGGAUUGAAUUGAGUGGAGAUUUUUUGCAGCUUGCAUCUGUUUAUUAUUAUUUUUAUCAAUUGGAACUUGAUUUGGUCUAUGACAUUUAGACUCUUCUCAUGGCCAAUCUGUGGCUUCUUGUUAUUUGGUCUUGAAUUUCUUGUUUGUGCAAUAUUAGGAAUUAGGUCUAUAGUCUUGGGGAUCCAAGAAAAUGAGAAAAUAAUUUCUGUCAUGCAUUAUACAUUUAUUGGGAAUGAAUCCCAAGAAUAAGGUUGUGCUUUCACACAA